GUGAUGCAUCAUGGUUUCAAUUAUUUUUUAUUCAAUAUGGCUCUAGCGGAUUUUCUCAUAGCACUUCUGAAUGUUGGCACAACGUGGACAUUUAAUUUCUAUUACGAUUGGUGGUUUGGCGAUUUUUGCGCAGCAAAUUUGUUUUUUGGCGUCGCGCCAACCUGCGUUUCUGUUUUCACGAUGACCGCUGUGAGCUGGGAUAGGUAA